UACUUGAGAGCCUCGACCGCUGUCUGACCGGUUGAAUACAAUAAAUUCGCGACCAGAUCUAAUACGCCCCGCUUGACUCGGUUUUCUGUCUUGAAACCUCAUUGUCUUACAAUUAUUCGGCAAACUGCACCACUAAAGCAUAUAGCCGUAUAUAUACCACUAAUUGCUAUCAAUCUUCGCUUCGUCAACUAUUACAACAGUUAGUUUGCAUCCGCGACAUCCACCUACCAAUCACAGGGCAUGUCGCGCUACGAAGAUGCCUAUUCCCGGGGGCGGUCUAGCCACUACCGGGAUCGUUCAUCUGAAUACAAAUACUCGGGCGACACUUAUCCGGUGAGCUACGAGGAGAGCCGGCGACUUGCCGAACAAGAAAAUCUCGCAUACGAUGACGAGGCUCCGCCACAAAAACUGCUUACUUACGAACCUCACACACCAUUCUAUCCCCCUCAAUCGCCGUCCAAUCUAGAUGUUCCUGAAUUACACUCGCGACCUAGAUCUCUGCCUCCUUUUGAAGAGCGCCGUCGGUCGACUCGUGGGAGGAGACGAGAAAGAAGGUAUAAUAAGGAUAGCGAUAGCGAGGACUCGGAUGAUGAACGGGCGAGGACCCCGCUCGACAAGGCGCGGAACUUUGUCGAUAAUACGUUUACAAAUUCGACUGCUGGUCUAGGCAUAGGUGUGUUAGGUGCAUUGGUCGGUGGUUUGGCGGUUAGGGAAGCGGUCGAUGCCACAAGCAAACAUAAUAACUACAAUCACGAAGGUGCGGAUUACAAACGUAACCAACUCAUCGGCACAGUAGUCGGGGCAGCAGUUGGUGCACUUGGAGCGAAUGCAGUUGAGAAACGGCUUGAAGUGCACCGCGAGAGGGACAGAAUCAAGCAAGAUAAAUGGGAUCGCAAGUUUAGACCCGAUGCUGAUGUGGUGGAAAAACGCGAGGUGAUGGCGCGACCGCACAGUAGUAGCGUUGAUGGAUACGGGUGGAAGAAAGACUGGGACCCGUGGGAUGAACGCAGCCGAGAGCGCGACCGCGAUCGUACUCGCGCUAGAAGCCAUGCUGUGGAGCGUGAGGUCGAUCCGGAUGCGCGUAGUUGGAAGAAUGUCGAGGAUUGGUUGUACGAUGAACGGAACGAUGCUAGGCCGCGAUCGAGAGGUGCGGAUGAUGACUAUCGCUAUUAGGGGACCGUGGGUGCCCUGUAAGCAAGCUGGAGGCCGUGCUUAGCCGCUGUGGCGUCUCUGUUGCCUGAAGGUCGCCCUCUUAAGUAACGAGCCGAAUGGGUGUCUUCAUAUCUUCAAAUUUUCUACUUUUGCUUUUUGGCAGGCGAUACUCCUCAUUUCCAUUUGAUUAGAAGAUUUUUUUCGUCGAUUAUUAUACACAUUUAUCGAAUAGACGAUGUGUAAGACAAUAAUUAACAAGAGUUGCCUUUUAAAAACCUAAGCAUUCAAGUUCCCAUGAGUCUAUUUUAUUUUAUCUUAUAAUGGUUUAGUGAGACUUGCGAAGUCUUUUGGAAAGUCCCGGAUUUCCCACUGCUAAUUGAAACAGCAACCUCGUGGUGGAGGGAUAUUUUAAUCGUACGGAAAGGUAGGUACGCAGGUAGGUGGAAAUACAUUUCCUAAUUGUCACUUCCUGUGAAUAAAUGUUAAUUCACCU